AUGAUCAUUGGUCUCAGGAACCAGGAACCAGGAACACAUCUGCAGAACAGCACUCCCCGGGGGCCCCCAGAUCUCAUGAGUAACCAAGCCCUGGGAACAUCGAUGAAGACAUCGUCGUCACCCGCACCCAUGACCCUCGUUGACUCAUUCUCCGCCGCCUUGGCGCACCGGGAAGCUAAAUCAGCGCGUCGAAGACUGACUGUGUUACCCCGAACAGCGGUGGACUUCUCUUCCAAUGAUUUCCUGUCUCUGUCGACGUCUUCUGCAUAUCGCGAGCGGUUUCUCGCAUUACUAAACAACACUCCGCCAUCAUUUCCGUUCGCCAGUGGCGGGUCCCGGCUGCUGGACGGGAAUUCGGCAUACGCGGAAGACCUCGAGAAAUUCGUUGCGAAUUUCCACCAGGCCCCAACGGCACUACUGUUUAAUUCAGGGUAUGACGCGAAUGUGGGUGUGCUCUCUUGUGUACCACAGCCCGGAGAUGUGAUUUUGUAUGAUGAGCUCAUCCACGCAAGCGCGCAUGAAGGCAUGCGAUUGUCGCGGGCGGGACCUCGCAAGAUGUUUGCGCAUAGCUCGCCUGCGGGACUGAGGGAAGUUUUGCUGGCUCAGAUGUCCGAAGAUCCGAAAAUCGCGAACGGGUCGCGCAAUGUAUUCGUGGUCAUCGAGUCCAUCUAUAGUAUGGAUGGCGAUGUCGCUCCCAUCAAAGAAUUCAUUGCGGUCGUUGACGAGUUCCUACCGCAUGGGAAUGGGUAUUUCUAUGUCGACGAAGCACACUCGACUGGCGUCUUUGGUCCGAAGGGGGCUGGGGUCGUCCAAGAGCUAGGUGUGCAAGAGCGAAUGUUUAUCCGGGUACACACUUUUGGCAAGGCACUUGCGAGCCAUGGAGGUAUGUCGAUCUCCCAGGACUUGGAAAAUAAACUUAUGACUGAUCUGAACAUAGCAAUGGUUCUCUGUGGCCCUGAGACAAGGGAAUAUCUCAUCAAUUAUGCCCGGAGCUUGAUAUACACGACGGCGCUGGGUUUUCCCUUCCUGGCAUCGAUUCGCGCGACAUAUGAGCUUCUUCAGAUGGGUGAAACUGUAUCACUACAGCGCCGACUUCAGCAAUUGAUCAGUCAUCUUCGUCAACAGCUGGCUGCUCUGCGCACCUAUGAAUCCGUCAUGUUUGAAGUCGACCACUUCCCCACUUCUCCAAUCAUCUCGCUUCGAACCUCGCAACCUCGGCAACUAGCAAGCGUCUGUCAAGCAAAGGGCUUUGUGGUGCGUGCCAUCAUGCCGCCAACUAUACCCGAAGGCAAGGAACGAGUACGCGUGUGCUUGCAUUCAGGAAAUACCGAGGCGGAAAUUGAUGGGCUAGCUCAAACAAUUCAAUCAUGGUUGGACCAGAGCUCUAGGCAGGCGUCGAAGUUAUGA